CCGUAUACCAUAAAGCCAGCGACGGAGGCGCGCUCACGCGGUAAUGUAGAAGCGCGUCUGAAGGAGGGAGACAGCAUCUCAGCAGUGUUUAUAGCCACUGACCUCGACAGAGCAUCCAGAGAGCAUCAUGGGCGGGGCAGUGGUGGACGAUGGACCUCCCGGGGUGAAGGCCCCGGAUGGUGGCUGGGGUUGGGCGGUGUUGGCCGGCGGCUUCGUCGUCACUGGCUUCUCCUACGCUUUCCCCAAGGCCAUCAGCGUCUUCUUCAAGGAGCUGAUCCGAGAGUUCGAUGUCGGCUACAGUGACACGGCCUGGAUCUCAUCAAUACUGCUCGCCAUGCUGUAUGGGACAGGCCCUGUGUGCAGUGUGUUGGUGAACAGGUUCGGCUGUCGACCGGUGAUGAUGGUUGGAGGGCUCUUUGCCUCGCUGGGAAUGAUUCUGGCCUCCUUUGCCACCAGUAUCAUUCACAUCUACCUCUGCGCUGGAGUCAUCACAGGUCUGGGUCUGGCGUUGAACUUCCAGCCGUCCCUCAUAAUGCUGAAUCGCUACUUCAGUGAGAAACGUCCUCUGGCCAAUGGCCUGGCAGCAGCGGGCAGCCCUGUGGCGCUGUGCUGCCUCUCCCCACUGGGGCAGGUUCUCCAGUACAAGUACGGCUGGAGGGGUGGGUUCCUCAUACUAGGAGGCAUACUCCUCAACUGUUGUGCCUGCGGGGCCCUCAUGAGGCCCCUGUUGCCCCCUAAGAAGCUGGAGGAAAGCAUUCCCGUGGCUGCAGAGGAGAAGAAGCCCAAGCCAAAGAAGAAACUGUUGGACUUCAGCGUGUUCAAGGACAGGGGUUUCCUCAUCUAUACCAUAGCAGCGUCUAUUAUGGUGCUGGGCUUGUUUGUGCCCCCUGUGUUUGUGGUCAGCUAUGCCAAAGGCCUGGGCUAUGAGGACACAACGUCCGCAUUGCUGCUCACCAUCUUGGGAUUUGUUGACAUGUUUGCUCGGCCAGCAUCAGGACUCAUAGCGGGCUUGAAGUGCGUUCGGCCUAGAAUCGUCUACCUGUUGAGCUUCGCUAUGCUCUUCAACGGGUUCACCGACAUCAUAGGAUCACAGGCGAAGGACUAUCCAGGUCUGGUGGUCUUCUGUAUCUUCUUUGGUAUGUCCUAUGGCAUGGUGGGGGCGCUGCAGUUCGAGGUCCUCAUGAACAUUGUCGGGACGGAGAAGUUCUCCAGCGCCAUAGGCCUGGUUCUACUGAUGGAAGCUAUUGCUGUACUGCUGGGACCUCCUGCAGCAGGUCGCCUCUUGGAUGCCACCCAUCAGUACAUGCACAUCUUCCUGCUGGCGGGCUGCGAGGUCACGCUGUCAGCCAUUGUCAUCGCCCUGGGUAACUUCCUCUGCCUCAGGAGGAGAAAGGAGCAUCCAGAUGCUAAGAUGGAGAUGGCGGUCACUGCUGCAGAGAAGGAGGGGCUGAACUGUGGGGUGGAGGGUGAGGAAGACCAUGUAGCUGAAGAGGAGCCAAAGAAAAAAGAAAGUGCUCUGGAGGCAGGGGAGGAGGUGAUGAUGGUGAAGGAGAUGGGGGAGAACAGGGCAUAGAGAACACAUCGCUAUGAAGAAUAAGACGAGUGAUCACUGUGCACCAAGAGGAUGGAGGCACACAGAAAGUGAGGGGUAUAGAUUACACAGGGGAAGAGAAGAGGGCUCUUUAUAGGGCCAAUGGAGUGCCAUGAAAAAGAAUACAUCUGUAAAAGAAAAAGGAAAUAAAUCUGGAAAUAUAAAGAGGAAUAAUUCAAAGAAUAAAUAAG